AUGGCCAAAAUGAUUCGGGACGGAAGUUGGCCUGAAUUUUUGGCCCGGCAGCACGACGCUCGAAUUCAUUUGGAGUCCAACUCGUCCAGUCAGCCGCUUAUUGACUACUCUGACGAUUUCUACCUCGGAAACAUCACUCUUGGCACGCCAGGUACGCUUGGCUGAAAAGUACUCGAAAAAUGAGUCGGAAAAUGUGCUUUACUGCAAAAUUUGUAGCGCUUCUGCGUUUUGUCGUAAGAUCCGGUGCAUCCGGUGGUGUUUGCGGAGCUUAUGACACAACGCAUGGAGAUUCCGAAUAAGCGCAUCAUUUUCAGCGCAAAACUUCACCGUAGUCAUGGAUACGGGAUCCUCGAACCUCUGGGUGAUCGACUCCGCGUGCACCUCGAAAGCCUGCAACGGAAACAAGAACUAUUCGAAGCGAAAGUUCGACGCGAAGGCCUCGUCGACGUAUUCCACCGAAUCCACAAAGUUUUCAAUCUCCUACGGCUCGGGCUCGUGCUCCGGACACCUCGGAAAGGACACGUUGAGCAUGGGCGGUCUGACGAUCCAAGUGCAAGAAUUCGGGCUCGCCGAGUCGGUGGCGUCCGUGUUUUCCGAGCAGCCGAUCGACGGAAUUCUGGGGUUGGGGUGGCCCGAACUGGCGGUCGACAAGGUCGUCCCACCGAUGCAAAACCUCCUGCCACAACUGGAUUUGCCACUUUUCACCGUUUAUUUGGACCGUCACCUACAUGGAAUCGAGGGCGGAAACGGCGGGUUGAUCACCUACGGCGCACUGGAUACGGUCAAUUGUGCCGCGCAAGUCAACUACGUCCCGCUGACGUCGAAAACGUAUUGGGAGUUCGAGCUGACCGCGUUCUCCGUCGGCUUGUUCAUGACGACCGGAAAGGCGAAGGUAACCAAGUCUAGAGAGCGUUUGAGCAAGAUUCUCCGGGCGGGGGACGUCAAAUUCCAUCCUUCAACGCUAUUUCCCAAAUGAAUUUCUAUGCGGAUUCGUUUUUCAGGCCAUCUCCGACACGGGAACCUCGUUCAUCGGAGCGCCGUACAAAGCGGUCUCGGAAGUGGUGGUUGCCACCGGCGCCGUCUACGAUUGGCUGAACGAAGUGUACACGGUGGAUUGCUCGAAAAUGGAGACCGCCUCGACGCUCGUCUUCAACAUCGGAGGCGUCGGAUAUCUGGUCAACUCGACCGAGUACAUUCUCGACCUCGGCCUCGGCUACAAUCGGUGCGCCGUCGCGUUUUUCGGAAUGACCUCCACCGGAUUCGGUCCCUCGUGGAUACUCGGCGAUCCGUUCAUUCGCCAACUGUGCAACGUCUAUGAUAUUGGAAAUGAGCGAAUCGGAUUCGCGCAGGCGUUUCAUAGUUUCUAA